UGCAAAUACUUAUUUUUAUUAUUUUUGUUUAUUUUUAAUGUAAAAUAAUCUCAAAAUGGUUUAUUAAAAAUGUGAACGACGAGAACUAAGCGCUUCCCACAGCAAAAGCAAUUAAGGUUUCCCCAACCAAGUGUGUGCGUAUGUGUGCGUGUGGUUAUUGUGACAUUAAUAAACAAUAGCAAAAUGUCGGAAAUGUUUAAAAAACAACAGCAGCCUUCACAGCAGCUGCAACAACAAAAACAACAACAGCAACAGCAAGACAGCACUGGCAUCUAUAACAAUAAAAUGAACGUUAUACCAAAUUACACCUUGAGCGGAAUGAGCUCCUUUGAUGCCGAAUCGUUGCCUGAUUAUUCAGAAUUUGAUUCCGAAUCGGUAACUUUGGACUAUUAUAAGGAAAGUGUACUACGUCCCGGGGAGGACAAAAUGGCGCCGACAACGACAAUUGAAACCAUAACUAUCACAAGACCGCUCAAAGUGAUCGCAUUUAUAUGUGGAGUCAUCGUGGUGGUCCUGAUGAUCAUGGCCCUCGCCUCCACAGACUGGCUAAUGGCCGCAGGCUGGCGGCAAGGUCUUUUUAUUCACUGCAUUGAGGAGGACUCAGUGCCACCGUUGCCAUUCAACAUUCAGGACCCUCCUGGCUGCUAUUGGACUCGCGAUAUUGGCUACAUUAAGGCCACCGCAGCUCUCUGCAUUAUCACAUUGAUAACAGACGUCAUUGCCACAGUGCUGACCGGUCUGGGCCUGAAGACGCAGAAUCAUAAUCUCAAAUAUAAAUUUUAUCGAAUAGCAGUACUGGUUAUGCUCGUCUCUUUGCUGGCCGUAUUAUCGGCAUUGAUUGUCUAUCCGGUUUGCUUUGCAGGCGAGCUUACAAUGGCUAAUAGACGGGUUUGGGAGUUUGGAUGGGCCUAUGGCGUUGGCUGGGGCGCAGCUAUUUUCCUGUUCGGCGCUGUGGUUCUGCUGCUCUGUGACAAGGAAUCUGAGGAGAUCUACUAUAAGGAGAGAAAAAUUGUACAUGAAAACCAAAUGCGCGCCUAGGCAAGGCCGCACGACCUGCCUGACGUCGUUCUUUAGACAUAAGCAUCUAGCAACCAACACACACACACACAAACAUUCACACACACAGACGUAUAUAAAUUUCGAUUAGAAUCAGACUCAAAAAACAAUGAACUAAACACAACAGAAAUAAGUUUCAAUUAUCGAAUUUUUUACAAUUCGUACAACGUAAAUCGAAAAAGAUUUGAAGCCAAAAAAUAAUCCGCAACGACUCCCUCUUCCCAUAGUACUGAAUAUUAGUUUAAAUAACGUUUGUUUUUCAAUAAGUUUUCCCUUAUUGUUUCGAAAGGUAAUCUAUCUUCCAAUAAUAUCAUACAUAAACCCAUAAACACAGACACUCAAACACACAUACAUGCGCCGCACUUCACAUAUAAUCAAACAUAAAAUUGAAAUCGUGUCCAACAUACCUAACCUACCUAUAAACCUACAUAUAUAUAUAUAUAUAUAUGUAAUCGUAAAUCGUGUCAGUGAGUUUAAGAAAAUUGUAGUCAAUCCUUAGUAAGCUCCCUUUGGCAAAAAUUGUAUUUUACGUAAACAUAUACAUAUAAACGAGAAUGGAAAAUGUACCCAACUACAGAGAAGGCGCAUAACUAGCAAAUUAAUAGAGAAUGCAUAAAAACGCAUAGUCAUUUACAUAUUAUGUAAUCUCCACUAAAUAAACAAGUUGUCUAUCCGUAAAUAUAUAUAUAUAUAUCAUGUAUGUAACCUAACUAUAAUCAAUCAUUCAAACUCGCCCCAAAUCGAAAUCACAAUUUUGACGAAUAUAUCGAAUGAUUCAACUUCUAAAACAAUCAGCUCCCAAACAUAACGAUUACGCUUUCAAACAAAUGAUAUUUUCUAUGUUCCCGAUUUGUGUCAGAUGAUCUAAUUUAUUAUAACUAUUAUGUUGUGUGUCAGUGAUCGCUUUAUGCCCAACAUAUGUACUCAAAUAUAUAUUUAUAUUAACAUAUAAUAUAUUAUAACACUACACACCUUUUGUAAAAUACUUAUACCGUCCCAAUUGCCACUCAGUUCCCUUGUAAUAAUAUUUAGUUCCACUUCGUAUUUGCAAUAUUUUUCUAUUGAGUACAUACUCAAUUUGACAGCUAGUUUUUUUUAACAACAAUUUUAUUUAUUACUUUAUUCUAAUUUAUUAUUGUACAAUUGAAAUAUGUUUCAUGCUACACUUGGAUACAUAUCACAGCCAAUUAAAGAAUAAUAAACACGUUUUUAACUCAUUUUGUUUACAA